CUGCUGCUUUACUACUGUGUAACUCCUCUGGUGCCUGUUACCAGUGCUGGAUUAUCUUGGAAUUUCGACUGCCUAGCAGCCUCCACAGGGAUUAAUCUGGUACUUUGUGUUACUCAACAGAAAAGUAGAGCCAUUGCAGCAGUCAGCAGUCAGCGACAUUAAAACCUCAGAUUCUACAUUGAAGUGAUAAAUAGACAUCAAAAGAAUCAAGAGACAUCAUGAAUUCCAUCGAAGUGACGCAAAAUUACUAUGAUUAUGACUACCCCAACACAACAGAUACCCCAACAUUGUCUUCACCAUCAUGCAGAGAUACGAUGUGUGUGAUCUUAGCAACAGCCAAUGUGAUCAUCUUUGUGCUGGGUGUCACUGGAAAUGGUCUGGUGAUUUGGAUCGCUGGAUUUAGGAUGAAGAAGUCAGUCAACACAACCUGGUACCUCAGCCUGGCCAUGUCUGACUUCCUGUCCUGUGCCUUCCUACCAUUUUAUGUCGUCUACUUGGUAAAAGGCGACUGGGUCUUUGGGCUCUUCUUGUGCAAGCUCCAGUCCUUCAUUAUGUUCGUUAACAUGUUCAGCAGCAUCUUCCUCCUCCUCAUCAUCAGCGUGGACCGCUGUGUGGUUGUUAGGUUUCCCGUGUGGGCGCAGAACCAGCGUACUGUAAAAAAGGCCUCUGUGAUAGUCAUGCUGGCUUGGAUUGUCUCAGCACUGCUUAGCAUACCAUCAGCCAUUUAUCGAGAUGUCCAGGAAGAUUAUAUCCAGCCAAUCAAAAAAUGUUUCAACAAUUACAUGGAGGAUGAAGUCCAUAUUUCCACCAUAGUGUGUCGAUUCAUUUUUGGAUUUGUGAUCCCGUUCCUGGUCAUCCUCACCUGUUAUAUUGUGAUCAUCCACAAGCUGAAGACCAACCAGAUUGCAAAGUCCAAAAAGCCAUUUAGGAUCAUGACAGUGCUGAUUGUUUGCUUUUUUAUCUGCUGGUUUCCUUUUCACACUGUUGCUUUCAUGGAACUUGACACUAAAUAUAAAAGUAUUACUUCCAUUGGACAAGUAAUUGCUGGCACUCUUGCCACUGCAAACAGCUUUAUGAACCCGUUUCUUUAUGCUUUCAUGGGGAAGGAUUUUAACAGGAAGUUUUAUGCAAUUCUAUCAAAGAUUGAGAGUGUAAUCGAGGAGGAGGGACGGAGCACAGUCCGAGGGACGUCUAUGACCAACGCAGCGGAAGGCUUACGUUCAACUACUGUUUAAGGCGUCAUGUGCUUUUGUCUGUCAUGAAGAUAUCAAACAAUUAGGCAAAAAAAAAAGUAGAAUGUUUUAUAUGUUUAUGUAGUAUUGUCUCUUACAGCCUCAUUCAUAUUAUUGCUAGUCUUUGUUCGAGUACUCUGUUUUAGGGUAGUCCAUAUUUAUUUGUAAAACAUUUUUUACUGAAAAAAAAAGCAGUUAGUUCCAGGCACAUAAAAGAUUUGCACUGCUCAUGUUUUUCUGGCAAUUCUUUAACAUCUCCACAGUCACAAUACUGUAUGUUGACUGGUUGACACGGUUAUGAACAUGUUCAGAAGAUAUGCAUCAAAAUAAGAAAUGUGUUGCAACUCACUUGGGAGAUGCAAGACACCUAAAUAAUAUUUUUACAGUCAAGCCCACAUUUUUACUUGCACUUUUUUUUUUUUUUAUCUCUGCUGUCUCUUAAAUUUGCUGUUGAAGCAUGACUCAUAUUUUGCCACUGAAAACCACACACUUCCUUUACUUCUUUACUAAAAGGCCAAAUGAACCACAUGAGCAAAUGAGGAAAGUGUCUCUUUGCCUUGGUCAGUCAGGCAGUUUGUGAACAAUUUGACAUGUUUUCAAAGAACCAUGUAGUUCUCCAAGUGAUCCAAAAGCAUUCAAGAAAUGAAGAUCAACUUAGUGGUCUGAUGCCACUGAAGGACAAUUUUACUGAUAAACAUCGGGAGCUCAGGGCACAGCAGCCUCCUGCAUCUACUAAACUGAUAUCCGGAAGCAACAAGCACAGGAGGUUACACGUGCUCAUAGGCAAGAAAGUGCAAAGGCACAAAGAAACUUGAUUCAGAGAAUAGACAGUUAUUGAA